AUGUCGACUGGCACUCUAUUCAUUCGCGACUCGCGCACUGAUGCUAACUAUGAAAUCCCCAUUAAUGGAAAUGCAGUACGGGCGACCGACCUUCAACGUAUCCGGGCGCCUUCGCUCAACAGCAAUCGCGCGGAUCAAGUUGCCCAUGGAUUGCGAGUCUAUGACCCUGGAUUGCAGAACACGGCCGUGACAGUAUCAGCUAUCAGUUUCUCUGAUCAUGAGCACAGUCUACUCCUAUAUCGAGGGUAUACCCUGGAGCAACUCUGGGGAUGCGAGUUUGAAGAAAUGUUUCAUCUGCUGCUAUGGGGGACAUAUCCUACAGCAAGUCAACGCGAAGAGCUACGACAGCAGCUGGCACAAUAUGCGCAAGAAGUCCCUGAUAUUGUGCGCCAGACCAUCUUUAAUCUCCCAAAAGAUACCAGCCCACUGCCGCUGAUUGUAGCUGGCCUUUCAGCCUAUCUGGCCUGUAUGCCCGAUGUGAUCCCAGCAACAACAAAUGCGACGGUUUACCAAACAGACAUCAAACGGGCGGACCAAAUCAUUCUACAAACUGUCGCCGCUUACGCGGUUGUCUUCGGAGCAGUGCGAUCUCACCGACUAGGGAUUCCCUGGCAGUCUCCGUCUCUCCAUCAGACCUACUACGAGAAUCUAUUCACGAUGGCCGGUCUCGUAGACCCAGACACAAGCCGCCCAGAUCCUACACGCAUAUCCUGCUUUCGUCGAUUUGGCAACCUCAACGCCGAGCACGGCAUGGCGUUAACAGUAUUCUCAACCCUAGUGACCGCCUCAUCCCUGACUGAUCCGGUGUCUUGUCUGAUAUCUGCCGUGGCUGCCGCCCACGGACCCUUACACUUCGGCGCAACAGAGUCCGCCCAAAGCGCUCUCCACCAUAUAGGAGACCUAAAGAAUGUCCCAGCCUUUAUUGAAGAAAUCAAAUCUGGGAAGCGAAAAUUAUUCGGCUAUGGCCAUCGCACGUAUAAGGGAAUGGACCCCCGUGUGCGUCCCAUCCAAAGUAUCCUGAAGGAUUUGGCAGAUGUUCACCAACCGCUAUUGAAAGUCGCUGAAACAAUCGAAGGGGUUGCUGCCAAGGACGAGUACUUCAAUGCACGCGGCUUGUAUCCCAAUGGGGACUUUUAUGGUAAUUUCGUGUUUACAGGAAUUGGCUUUGAGCCUAAUAUGAUUCCCGCGGCUAUGCUUGCUCAUCGCAUUAUGGGCAUCAUGGCGCAUUGGAGAGAGUACAUGGUGAAUCGGGAUAUCGAUCAAGUGCAGCGGCAGCAUGACGAGGUAAAUGAAGAAAUGCCUUUGCUACAUCCUCCUACCAUCGAGCCAUAUUCCGUCUUCACAUCCACACAGAAACGCCUCAUUAUUCUGACAGCGGCACUGGCUUCGAGCUUUUCGCCUCUGUCUGCUAAUAUCUAUUACCCGGCAUUGAAUUCCAUUGCAAAGGACUUGCGAGUCAGUCCAUCCAAAAUUAAUCUGACGAUCACGACAUACAUGGGUCAUUGGCAGACCAAGCAGGUCGUCGACCCUCCACUCCUAGCUCUUCGUGCAGUUCAGAGCUGUGGCAGUAGUGGCACUGUGGCCCUUGCAUUCGCCGUGACAGCGGACGUUAUCACAUCUGCCGAGCGAGGUAUGUACAUGGGCUUUACAUCUCUGGGAAACAUUCUUGCUCCAUCCAUUGGGCCUAUCCUUGGGGGUAUUAUGACCGGUGGUUUUCUCGUGCCUCUAUUGCUCUUCUUCCCCGAAACAUGCCGUGGGAUUGUGGGAAAUGGCUCUAUUCCCGCAGUUGGUUCGAAUCGAGCCAUUUGGAGUUACUUCCAGGUCAGAGCCGCAGUGAACCCGCCUGCAUCCACUGUACCGAGGAGGCGCGUGAAUAUUCCCAACCCCUGGUCAACCUUGCGCCUGCUUUCCCACCGACCCGUGGGACUAGUCCUUUUGGCAAACGGAGUUGUAUUCAGCAGCUACUACGCCGUCACAGCUGGAAUCCCCGCACUCUUCCACCAAAUCUAUAAUCUGGAUGACUUGGAUAUUGGAUUCUGCUUCAUUCCUGCAGGACUGGGGUCAUUGCUCAGUGCAACUGCCAACGGAGUAUUAGUUGACUGGAAUUACCGACGGACUCGACGCAACGCCGGUCAGACGGUACACAACAACCAAAAGCAGGACAUCAUUGGCUUUCCCAUCGAACAAGCGAGGUUGCAGAUUGGCCUGCCCAUGGCACCCCCACUCUUGAUUACGCUUAUUGUGGUUUUUAUAAUCUGCUUCUGUAUCACAGCGGCAUAUAAUGUGAUGAAUAUCCUGAUCGUUGACUUGUACUACGAGACGCCCGCUACUGCUAUAGCCGCUAACAACCUCGUCCGCUGUUUCUUGGGCGCUGGCGCUGCAGCAUUGGUCAACCCUAUGAUCAAGCGGGUUGGUGUACAAUGGACAUAUUGCUUUGUAUCGGGGGGGAUUGUUUUAGUUACCCCGAUUCUAAGCAUUGUUUACCUUCGGGGCUGGGAAUGGCGCAAGAAACAAGCCGAAACUGAUGCACAACUGCGGACUGUACACGAGAGACAAUAG